AUGGUAUGUGUAGUCCGACGUGAAGGCGGACGUGAAGGCGGACGUGAAGGCGUCAGAAAGGUAAGGCGGGAAUGCCUUUGCCCACAGGAGGGGUGGGGUGGCGUAACGUUUUUGUUAAAAUGUUCAAUGUUUUUAACUCUGACUUUUUCUUGGGAGGGGCACCAAAACCAGCGGGUUGUGCACUAA